AGCGGUAGUCUGCAAACCCACGUGGGCCGGGCUUCGGGGUGCGCAGCAGGGGACCCCGGCCAGAACUGAGCAGGACCAGGGCGUCAUGGGGAGGCUGCGCCGGCGAUACAACGUCAAGGGACGCCAGCAGGCGCCCCCCGGCCCUUCGAAGGGUCCCCCAGAGCCGCCCCCCGUGCUGCUGGAACUAGAGGAGAAGGGUGCGUUGAAGGGAGUCGAUGCCAGCAAUGCCCUCGUCUUGCUGGGGAAGAAGAAAAAGAAGACCAAGGCCCCUCCGCCGUCAAAGAGGAAGAAGCCUCUGACCAAGAAAGAGCGGAAAGCGCUACAGAAAAUCUUAGAACAGAAGGAGAAGAAGAGCCAGCGCGCACAGAUGCUGCAGAAGCUGAGUGAGGUCCAGGUUUCGGAAACAGAGCUGAGGCUCUACUACACCACGUCCAAGCUGGGCACUGGGGACCGCAUGUACCACGCCAAAGAGAAGGCUGAUGAGGUCACAGCCCCAGGUCAGGAGAAGAUCAACAGCCUCAGCGGGGCCGGCCGGAAGCGCCGUUUCCAAGAGUCAGAGGGAGAGUCUGAGUCCUCCGUGGAGUCCGAACCCGACGAGGCCCCGGCCGCUGAGCAGGUGGACGCCGGGGCAGGAAUGAUGGCGCCACCUCUGCCGCCAGCUCAGCCAGGGGACGCGGGGGAGAGCCCGGUGCCCAGUGGCCCGCCCCCUCCUGCCAGGACCCCUGCAGCUCCUUCAGCCCCUCUGGCUGCGGCCUCCUCCCUGGCCAGGCCCCCGGUGAAGCCCGCCAUCUUCGUCCCUGUGAACCGCUCCCCGGAAAUGCAGGAAGAGCGCCUGAAGCUCCCGAUUCUCUCUGAAGAACAAGCAAUCAUGGAGGCGGUGGCCGAGCACCCCAUCGUCAUCGUGUGCGGCGAGACCGGCAGCGGGAAGACCACGCAGGUGCCCCAGUUUCUCUACGAAGCGGGCUACAGCAGUGGUGACAGCAUCAUCGGCGUCACAGAGCCCCGCCGAGUGGCCGCCAUGGCCAUGUCCCAGCGCGUGGCCAAGGAGAUGAACCUGUCGCAGCGGGUCGUCUCCUAUCAGAUCCGAUAUGAAGGGAACGUGACCGAAGAGACCAGAAUCAAGUUCAUGACGGACGGUGUGCUGCUCAAGGAAAUCCAGAAGGACUUCCUGCUGCUGAAGUACAAGGUGGUGAUCAUCGAUGAAGCCCACGAGCGCAGUGUCUACACGGACAUCCUCAUCGGCCUCCUGUCCCGCAUAGUGUCACUCCGGGCGAAGAGGCUGAAGCCGCUGAAGCUACUCGUCAUGUCGGCCACGCUGAGGGUGGAGGAUUUCACGCAGAACCAGCGGCUCUUCCCCAAGCCGCCCCCUGUCAUCAAGGUGGAGUCCCGGCAGUUCCCGGUGACGGUGCAUUUUAACAAGCGGACGCCGCUGGAGGACUACCCUGGCGAGUGCUUCCGGAAGGUGUGCAAGAUUCACCGCAUGCUGCCGGCAGGCGGCAUCCUGGUGUUCCUGACGGGGCAGGCCGAGGUGCACGCGCUGUGCCGCAGGCUCCGGAGGGCCUUUCCGCACGCCAGGCCCCGGCUGCCAGAAAAGGAAGACCAGGAGGAUUCGGCAGAAGAAACGAGGAGGUUUAAGAAGUCUCGGGCGAGGGCGAGGAAGGCUCAGGCGGCGACGCUGCCCCAGAUCAGCUUGGACAGUUACUCGGUGCUGCCGGUGGGCGAAGGGGACGAGGACAGGGAGGCCGAGGUGGACGACGAGGAGGCGGCCCUGGGCUCCGACCUGGACCUGGACUUGGGGGACGGUGGGGAGGAUGCAGGCGAGCAGCCGGACGCCUCGCUCCCCCUGCAUGUGCUCCCGCUCUACUCGCUGCUGGCCCCGGAGAAGCAAGCCCAGGUCUUCCAACCUCCCCCAGAGGGGACCCGACUGUGUGUAGUGGCCACCAACGUGGCUGAGACGUCCCUCACCAUCCCGGGCAUCAAGUACGUGGUGGACUGUGGGAAAGUCAAGAAGCGGCACUACGACCGAGUGACCGGUGUGUCCUCCUUCCGCAUCUCCUGGAUCUCCCAGGCCUCAGCAGACCAGCGGGCGGGGCGAGCCGGCCGGACAGAGCCCGGCCACUGCUACAGGCUCUAUUCCUCCGCCGUGUUCGGGGACUUUGAGCCCUUUCCUCCCCCUGAGAUCGCCCGGAGGCCUGUGGAAGACCUGGUCCUUCAGAUGAAAGCGCUCAACAUCGAAAAGGUGGUCAACUUCCCCUUCCCGACCCCUCCGUCCGUGGAGGCCCUCAUGGCCGCUGAGGAGCUGCUGAUUGCGCUGGGGGCCCUGCAGGCGCCCCACAAGGCAGAAAGGAUGAAGCAGCUGCAGCACUCCCGGCUGAGCCGCCCCAUCACCGCGCUGGGCAGAACCAUGGCCACGUUCCCCGUGGCACCCCGCUACGCCAAGAUGCUGGCGCUGAGCCGGCAGCACGGCUGCCUGCCCUACGCCAUCACCCUCGUGGCCGCCAUGACCGUCCGGGAGCUGUUCGAGGAGCUGGACAGGCCGGCCGCCAGCGAUGAGGAGCUGACCAGGCUGAAGAGCAAGCGGGCCCGGGUAGCCAAGAUGAAGAGGGUUUGGGCCGGCCAAGGGGCUUCCCUGAAACUCGGGGACCUCAUGGUGCUGCUGGGCGCCGUGGGAGCCUGCGAGUACGUGGGCUGCUCGCCCCAGUUCUGCGAGGCCAAUGGGCUGCGGUACAAGGCCAUGGUGGAGAUCCGGCGUCUGCGGGGCCAGCUGACCACCGCAGUGAACGCCGUGUGCCCCGAAGCCGGGCUCUUCGUGGACCCCAAGAUGCAACCGCCUUCUGACAGCCAGGUGACUUACCUGCGGCAGAUCGUGAUGGCCGGCCUGGGGGACCACCUGGCCCGCAAGGUCCAGAGCGAGGACCUGGUAGACGAGAAGUGGAGGAACGCCUACAAGACGCCCCUGCUGGACGACCCCGUCUUCAUUCACCCCAGCUCCGUCCUCUUCAGAGAGCUCCCCGACUUCGUGGUCUACCAGGAGAUCGUGGAGACCACCAAGAUGUACAUGAAAGGCGUCUCGAGCGUGGAGGUCCAGUGGGUCCCGGCCCUGCUGCCUGCCUACUGCCAGUUCGACAAGCCCCUGGAGGAGCCGCCCCCUGCCUACUGCCCCGAGACGGGACGCGUGCUCUGCCACCGAACCAGCCUGUUCUAUCGCGUCGGCUGGCCGCUCCCCGCCGUCCAGGUGGAUUUUCCAGAGGGCCUCGACUGCUACAAGCACUUUGCCCGCUUUCUGCUGGAAGGGCAGGUCUUCCCCGAGCUGGCCGCACAUCAGGGCUGUUUGCUGUCCAGCCCCAGCACGAUGCUGAAGACGUGGGCCAGGCUGCAGCCCAGGACGGAGAGUCUCCUGAGAGCCCUCAUUGCUGAGAACGCCAACUGCCGAGACGCCUUGCUGGCUGCUUGGAAGAAAAACCCCAAGUACCUGCUGGCCGAGUACUGCGAGUGGCUUCCACAGGCCCUGCACGCCGCCGUCGAGAAAGCCUGGCCGCCGGCCUCAGGCUGCUGACCCCGGUGCUGGCCGCAGGGCCGCGGCCUCCUGAGGACCGCCGAGGGGGUGACAGCAGCCUGUUUCCGGCGGGGCCCCUCUGGCCCCUCUGGAAGCCCUCGUUCAUCUCUGCCUGAUUCUGGUCACGGCUUGCUGCUGUCCCGGGCAGUCUGUCCUAGGGGUGGCUUUUUUAAUGACUAUUUAUUAUGUGGCGGAUGGUGGUGUACCUCUCGUGCUGGUCCCCUUCCUAAACAUGCUCCAUGGACUACAUUAGUCUUGUGUGGAGCAGCAUGGCUAGGGGGGCGGAGCCGCUGAGAGCACCCUCCUGACAGCGACGCAGGGCCCCAGGCUCCUCGCCCUCU